AUGGCCCAUUCAGGGUCGUCCUCGCUGGGGCGACAGUUCUCAAUGCGUCUCCUGGCCUCGUAUGCCCUCGACUGGAUCAUUCUGGUUGUCAUUGUCAUCGUCGGUGGCUUCCUCGGACGCAUCACCCCCAACAUGAGACCCUUUGCUCUUGACGACCCCGACAUCUCGUUCCCCUUCACCGAAAAGGAAACGGUCCCGACCUGGCUCCUCGUCAUCCUCUGCGCCCUCGUGCCCGUCGUCAUCAUUUUCAUCGUCUCCAUCCUGCUCAUCCCCGGCGGCACCGUGCCCAAGAACACGCCACAGAGCCUGAUAUGGAAGCGCAAGCUAUGGGAGCUCCACGUUGGCUGGCUCGGGCUGCUCAUGGCCGUCGGCUCCGCCUUCUUCUUCAUCUCAGGCAUCAAGAACAUGUGUGGCAAGCCGCGACCCGAUCUGCUCUCGCGCUGCCAGCCCGACCUUGCCAACCUGUCCAAGUAUCGAGUCGGCGGCUUCAACGGACAGCCAACCGCCAAUCUCCUCUACUCUGGCGACAUUUGCAAGCAAACCGACAAGCACAAGCUUGACGACGGCUUCCGAAGCUACCCCAGCGGCCACUCUGCUGCUUCGGCGGCUGGCCUCAUCUAUCUCUCGCUCUUCCUCGCCAGCAAAUUCUCCGUCACGAUCCCGUUCGUCGUCCCCAACUGGGGUUCCUUCACCGACGCCUCCAUGCACGUUGCCUUCCCCUCCCGACAUCAAUCCCAGGGCGGCGCGUACGAGCCCUCUCGUUCACGAAACGGUGGGCCAAGCUUCUCGGCGCCCUCGUCGCCCGUCAAGACGAGCACCGGAGGCCGCAACGCGCAACACAACGCCAAGCUCCAGUCACUCCGCCGACAGGCCGCGGCGCCACCCGUCUACCUCCUUGCCAUCACCCUCGUGCCCUUCUGCCUCGCCAUCUUUAUCGCAGCGUCUCGCUGGUUCGAUUUCCGCCACCACGGCUUUGACAUUCUUUUUGGCUUUCUGAUUGGCAUCAUCACUGCCAUUUACAGUUUCCGAUAUUACCACAUGCCGAUCAUGGCCGGUGCUGGCUGGGCCUGGGGCCCUCGCAGCUCCGAUAGGGCGUUCUGGGCAGGCGUAGGUCGGCUGGGCUACGUCGGCACCAAGGACGACUUCGACAGCCGGGUAGACCGCGCCGACCUGGGCGAGUCUGGCGAUGUCGACCCGUAUUCUUCCCACGGCCCGGCUGCCAUGAGUGGCAUGAACUAUCGCGCAAAUCAGUAUGGUGCAACGCCAGCGCCGCCCGCGCCGGGUGCGCAACACGGUGGCCCUUAUGAGAGUGUUGAGAUGAACGAUAUGGCAUACCCGUCACAGACGGUUGGGCGGGGUGUGUAA